AAAAUACGGCUACUUCCGCUGGCUGAAACGAAAUGGCUGCCUUCCACUGCAGAGCAGAUUUUGCGCGCUUCGUAGCAUUUUAUUAAUAUGCUGUCGUGUGUUUACAGAUAUAGCCUAAUUUGUUACGGAUAAAAAAUAAAAGAGCAGAUAUGUUUAAAAAAGCAAAAAGAUCAAAUUUAAGACGGAGGAAUGAGUCAGACGAGGACGAGAAGGAGGAAAGUCAACCAGCCCAGCAGCAGCAGCCACCGCCGCCAUGCGGGCCUUUCACCGAGGAUAUCCCGAUGCUCGAUACCCCCAGCACGGACACCUUCUCCGGGGUUACCUUGGACGUACACCACGGCAACGGGUUUCAAUCAAAGGCCAUAAAGAAGGAAAAGAAAACUCGGGAUGUAGUGGGAGUACCGAAAGCCAGUUUGUUAAGCUUUGACGACGAUGAAGAUGAGGCGGAGGUGUUCAGAGUAAAGAAAUCCAACCACAGCAAGAAGAUCGUCAAGCAGCUGAAGAAAGAAUACAAGGAAGAUCUGGAGAAGGUUUGCUAUGUUAAACAAGAGCCCAACACCGAUGUGUGGUCCCAGCCCCUGGCCUCCAUUAAAGAGGAGCCUGCCAGCAGGGCAGGCAGCGAACAGGGAGAAGAGGAGAUGGAAGUGGACAGUACUGAUGAACAGGAGCCUAAGAGCCAGAGCCUCGCCUCCAAGACGCCCACUACGACUGCAGCUGGCGCCUUCUCAAACACCAGCACCUUGUCCACGCUCAGCAACCUACGUCCAGGUGAGAUUCCGGACGCGGCUUUCAUCCACGCGGCAAGGAAGCGUCGUCAGAUGGCCAGGGAGCUAGGCGGCGACGCCCCACUGGUGGAGACGGACACGCCCAAGAAGCGUCUGGUCCGAGAGGAGGAAGAGGAGGGAGACGGGAGCGACGACGAAGACGAAGAUGAGAAGAGGAUCAGCUUCAGUGGAGUCAAGAACAAGAGCCAGAGGACCAGGAUAGCAGAGGAGAUAGGUAUAGAGGGUAGUGAUGACGAGGCGUUGGAUACAGGAGGUCAGGAUGAGGAGGUAUCACGCUGGGAACAGGAGCAGAUACGCAAAGGGAUCAGCAUCCCCCAGGUCCAGUCCUGCCAGCCAGAGGACAACGGUAGCUUGUACUACCAGAGCAGCAGCAGCUUCGACCCCCAGCAGCCCUACAGCUCCAGCUACGGCCUGCCCUACUCCUACAGCAGCAAGGCUGAGGGCUGCACACUGGUCUACAGCGCCCCUGGUGGUGACCUUCCACCCGUCACUACUGACCUGGUCAAGACACGCCUCAGAGACAGGCUGAGCCAGAUGCGUGUGGGGCAUGAUGCUAAUGCUAAGCGCUACGAUCAGAUCCAGGAAGAACUCGAAGCAGCUCAGAACACCAUUCGCCGGCUCGAGGGUUCAUCCAAUGACGACGCAGAACAGUAUAAAUUCUUGCAAGAGAUGCGAGGGUAUGUUCGAGACUUGCUUGAGUGUUUCGGUGAAAAGGUUCCCACCGUGGCGGAGCUGGAGGGCGCCAUGCACCAGUUACUAAGGCAACGGGCCUGUCGGCUGGUCCAGCGGCGCCAGGAUGAUAUUAAAGAUGAAUCGGCGGAGUUUGCAAGCCUUUCAAGUAAGGCUGUGAUGGCUCCAAACCUCAUGUCUCUUGACUCGUUUGGGAGAGACAGGACAGUCUAUCAGGAGCACGCCAGACAGAGAAGGAUCGCUGAACGAGAAGCCAGACGAACGAGGCGGCGGCAGGCGCGGGAGCAGAACGGGAAGAGGGCGGAGCAUCUAGAGGGGCUGUCCUCCGAUGAUGAGGAGACAUCGACUGACCUCACAUCGUACUGUCUGGAGAGAGAUCGUAUAGUGCGUGAGAGUAAGAAGGUGUUUGAGGAUGUGCUGGAGGACUUCCAUUCUCUGGACAGUAUCAAGAGUCGUUUUGAAGUGUGGAGACAUCUCUACUUCACCUGCUACAGAGAUGCUUACAUCGGACUGUGUCUGCCCAAAUUAUUCAACCCCCUAGUACGACUACAGCUCAUCACGUGGAACCCUCUACAGGAGAAGUGUGCUAACUUUGAGUACAUGUUGUGGUUUGAGUCGCUGUUGUUCUAUGGCUGUGAGGAGCAGAGUGGGAUGAAGAAAGGAGAUGUGGACAUCAACCUACUGCCGGCUAUAGUGGAGAGAGUUAUACUGCCAAAACUAGCAGUGCUAGCUGAGCAGGUGUGGGAUCCUCUGUCCAGUAGUCAGACAACCAGACUAGUGAGCUUUGUGACCAGACUCCUCAGAGGAUAUCCUACUGUUCUGAAUGGAGAGAACAGAAACACACAGGAGUUUCUGAAGACCAUCGUACUGAGGACCAGAAGGACUCUCGAUGAUGACGUGUUUUUACCUCUUUACCCUAAGAAUGUGUUGGAGAAUAAGAACAGUGGUCCUUACCUCUUCUUCCAGAGACAGUUCUGGUCCUGUGUCAAGUUGCUAGGUAACAGAUAUUGACUCUCUCUCCCUCCUCUAGUUGCUAGGUAACAUAUAUUGACUCUCUCUCCCUCCUCUAGUUGCUAGGUAACAUAUAUUGACUCUCUCCCCCCCUCUAGUUGCUAGGUAACAGAUAUUGACUCACCCCCUCUAGUUGCUAGGUAACAGAUAUUGUCCCCCCCCCCUCUAGUUGCUAGGUAACAGAUAUUGACUCUCUCUCCCUCCUCUAGUUGCUAGGUAACAUAUAUUGACUCUCUCCCCCCCUCUAGUUGCUAGGUAACAGAUAUUGACUCACCCCCUCUAGUUGCUAGGUAACAGAUAUUGUCCCCCCCCUCUAGUUGCUAGGUAACAGAUAUUGACUCUCUCUCCCUCCUCUAGUUGCUAGGUAACAUAUAUUGACUCUCUCUCCCUCCUAGUUGCUAGGUAACAUAUAUUGACUCUCUCCCCCCCCUCUAGUUGCUAGGUAACAGAUAUUGACUCACCCCCUCUAGUUGCUAGGUAACAGAUAUUGUCUCCCCCCCUCUAGUUGCUAGGUAACAGAUAUUGACUCCCCUCCUCUAGUUGCUAGGUAACAGAUAUUGACUCACCCCCUCCAGUUGCUAGGUAACAUAUAUUGACUCUCUCUCCCUCCUCUAGUUGCUAGGUAACAGAUAUUGACUCCCCUCCUCUAGUUGCUAGGUAACAGAUAUUAACUCUCUCUCCCUCCUCCAGUUGCUAGGUAACAGAUAUUGACUCCCCUCCUCUAGUUGCUAGGUAACAGAUAUUGACUCCCCUCCUCUAGUUGCUAGGUAACAGAUAUUAACUCUC